UAUUCGUUGUGUUGCGGUGCUAAAAACAGUCAAGAAAUGUUUUGGUUUAAGACCGGUGUUAUUUGCUUACUAUUUGUUAGCUGUGUUCUAGCUGAAGCGCCAUAUGCCGCCACAGGUUGGCGUCCACUGCGCCCUUUUAACUUGCCUACCGACUACUUGCCUCCAGCACGUGAUAUUGAAAAGCAAAGACAACCACAACAAUCCAUAUUUGAAGUAGAACUCAAAAAACAGCGUAUUGAAUAUGUAGGACAAAUACAAGAAAAUACUUUGAAUUCUCCUAAUAGGCGACCGGCUAAUGCACACUUGCCACCAAGGAGACAGAGCACUGAUUUUGACUUAAAAGUACAACGCCCUCCUUAUCAGAAGCCAGGACCCCAGUUCGUUUUGCAAACAGCGGGCUAUCGACCACAAGGGCAACAGAACACACGCAUAUUUCAAAUAUCAAACACCAAACAACAAUUGCCGGGACAACAACGUCCUCUGCGUCCACAAACUAAAAACUUCGCUUUCGGAGUGCAACAACAAUCUGCUUUAUCUCGACCAGCACAAACUUAUGGGCCACCAAGCAACGGAGGAGAGCAACAAUUUACCAUUAACUACCCGGAAGAUAUAGAGCCACGGCAAGCGGAUGCUGAAUUGGAGGAAGCAACGCGUAUUGCCAUCGAAGCACUUAAUGCAGCCAAAGACGCUUACAAUCGUAAACUCGAACCUGAUGCAGUGAGUAGUGAUGACGGUGCAUCAGAGGCAGAUGUGCAGGAGGUUAACGUUGACGGUACAAAGAAAGCAAGUGCCGGCUACCCCGCCUCACGUGCGACUCGUGGUCAAUAUUAUGUUUUGGGACCUGAUAAUCGCCUGCAGUUGGUGCGUUUCACAACUACACAAAGUGAGGAGGAGGCUCGAAAGAAUGGUGGUUUCACUGCACAAUUGCAGUAUACGCCUGUAGGUGAAAUUAACGAUCCGAUUUUCAAAUCCAACAGCAAUGGGCAAUUAGUCAGAAUUGUUAAAAAAUAAUAUCGUUUACGUUAGAUGCGCCACAUAAUACCUUGGCUGUGUAAACAUAACUAUAGCUAUGUAUAACUGAAAUCAAGGUUAAGGUGUAUGGACAGAUGUAAAUACAUAUGUAUGUAAAUGAAUAUAUAUAAGUGCAUACCUUUUAGAUGUAA